AUGAAGCAAGUAGGAUUUUGGAUUGCUGGUCUGCAGCCUUUCUUUUAUCUCUGUAUUGUCAUUGUGAGCGCAGCUAGUGGAGACAUCAGCUAUUCGUUACCGGAGGAGAUGAAUCGCGGAUAUGUGAUUGGAAAAAUAGCCCAGGAUCUCGGACUUGAUGUGAACCAACUGUCGCAUCGUAAGGCUCGCAUUGACGUUGAGGGUAACAGUAAACGCUAUUGUGACAUUAAUGUGGGCACUGGAGAAUUGACUGUAGCUGAAAGGAUUGACAGAGAGGGGCUUUGUAGAGAAAGGACGUCCUGUCGUCUUAGUUGCGAAUUAGUACUUGAAUACCCAUUGGAACUUCAUCAUAUUACUCUGCAAAUCGAAGAUAUUAAUGACAAUUCACCCGUUUUCCCAAAAGAUGUGAUACAUUUAGAAAUUAGUGAAAAUGCUGAUAAAGGCGCAAAAUUUCGAGUCAAUGAGGCUCACGACAUGGACAUAGGACAAAAUGCUGUGCAGAGUUACAUCCUACAAAAAAAUGACAAUUUUGUGCUUUCUGUAAAUACAAAAAUAGGCGGUGGGAGAUACAUUGAGUUAGUAUUAGAUAAAGAGCUUGAUCGUGAACAGCAGCAGGAGCUUUCAAUCAUUCUUACUGCCAUAGAUGGAGGGACUCCAAAGAGAUCUGGCAUUGUGACGAUACACGUUACUGUGUUAGAUGCUAACGACAAUGCUCCGGUCUUUAGUCAGGAUGUCUAUAAAGUCAGACUACCCGAAAAUUCUCCCAUUGAUACAGUAGUGGUUACAGUAAACGCCACCGAUGCCGACGAGGGACCGAAUGGAGAGGUCACCUAUGAAUUCAGCCGAAUUUCUGAAACAGCUAAAGAUUUAUUUGUUCUAGACCAUCUAAGUGGAGAAGUCAAAAUAAAAGGGCCAAUAGAUUUCGAAGAAGAGGCAAAGUAUGAACUGUUAGUGGAAGGCAAAGACGGUGCAGGCCUCUCCUCCGAUUCUAAAGUCAUCAUUGACAUAACAGAUGUUAACGAUAACGCUCCCGGGAUAUAUGUCAGAUCACUUAAUAGUUUCAUUCCCGAGAACGCGUCACCUGGUACAGAGGUGGGCAUCAUAAACGUGCAGGACAGAGACUCUGUGAGUAACGGACAGGUCCGCUGUUCCAUACAGCAAAAUGUUCCUUUUAGACUCGUGCCAUCAAUCAAAAAUUACUAUUCUCUGGUGACCACGGCAGAAUUAGAUCGUGAGUUAGUGUCUGAUUAUAACAUCACAAUCACAGCCACUGACGAAGGCGCUCCCCCUUUGUCAUCGUUUAAGAAUAUACGAUUAUCAGUGGCUGAUGUAAACGAUAAUCCACCUGCAUUUGAGAAACCAUUUUACAGUGCUCAUGUGACUGAAAACAACAAACCAGGCUUCUCUAUCGGUUCAGUAAUGGCCACAGAUCCCGACCAAAGGCAAAACGGCACUGUGAUUUACUCUCUUUUACCCGGAGAGGUUAGGGGCCACCCUGUGUCAGCGGUUUUAUCAAUUAAUGGAGACACCGGGGUCAUCCAUGCUGUGAGAUCGUUUGACUAUGAGCAGUUCAAAAGUUUUAAAGUACUCAUAUUAGCCAGAGAUAACGGUUCUCCUCCGCUUAGUAGUAACGUUACACUGACCGUCUUCAUAACGGAUGAAAACGAUAACUCCCCUCAGAUAUUAUACCCAUCACCUGAAAGGAACUCUUUUUAUAUGACUGAGAUGGUGCCGAAGGCUGCGCAGAGGGGGUCGCUGGUCUCCAAGGUGAUAGCGGUGGACGCUGACUCUGGACAGAACGCAUGGCUCUCAUACCGUAUAGUUAAAGCGACUGAUCCUGGACUUUUCAAUAUUGGCAUCCACAGUGGAGAGAUCAGAACUCAACGAGACAUCUCUGAAUCUGACAACAUGAAGCAGAACCUUGUAGUUUCCGUAAGAGACAAUGGACAGCCUUCUUUGACAGCCAGCUGUGCAAUGUUUUUGUUGAUUUCAGACAACUUAGCCGAAGUGCCAGAACUAAAAGAUAUGUCUUACAACGACAGCGGCCACAAAAUCACUUCAUAUUUGAUCAUUGCGCUAGUGUCAGUUUCCACCCUCUUCAUCACCUUCAUCAUUAUCAUCCUGGCUGUAAAGGUGUGUAGCAGGAGAAAGCCUAGAUUGUUGUUUGAUGGAGCCGUUGGUAUUCCUAGCUCGUAUCUCCCUCCAAAUUACGCUGAGGCGGAGGGCGCGGGAACUCUCCGCAGCACUUACAAUUUUGACGCGUACUUGACCACCGGCUCGCGCACCAGCGACUUUAAAUUCGUCAGAUCUUACAAUGACUGCACGCUGUCUGCCGAUUUGUCUGUAAAAAAGACACCAUCCGCGGAUAAAUGUCUCGACGGGCUUUUGGACAUCUCUGAUGACUCGGAGCAGGUUCUAUAUCCAGUACAGACCAGUGGCUCUUUGGGGGCUGAAGUGGUCCCACGUUCAGCAGACGUGGGCUAUCUUGUCACCAAAGUGGUGGCUGUUGAUGUGGAUUCCGGACAAAAUGCUUGGCUCUCAUAUAGACUCCUGAAAGCAACAGAUAUGGCACUGUUUGAAGUCGGAUUACAGAAUGGAGAAAUAAGAACUGUGCGCCAAGUCACUGAUAAAGACGCAGUGAAACAAAGGCUCACUGUUGUGGUGGAGGACAGUGGGCAGCCCGCGCGUUCGGCUACUGUCGGCGUUAUUGUGUGUCUUGCUGACGGCUUCCCCGAACUACUCUCGGAGUUCACAGAGUUUGAACACGGCAAAGAUUACAACGACAAUCUGACUUUCUAUUUGAUCUUGGCCUUAGUCGUUUUUUCAUUUCUCUUCAUAUCUUGCUUGGUGGUCAUAAUAUCAGUUAAAAUCUACAAAUGGAGACAGUCUCGCACGUACUAUCAGUCCAGUCUUCCGAUAAUUCCGUACUAUCCACCACGUUACGCCGACGCUGGAAGUACAGGAACUUUGCAACACGUGUACAAUUAUGAGGUGUACAAGACAACUGACUCAAGAAAGAGCGACACCCAAUACCUCAGGCCUAUGUGUCAAAGUCUCCUUGGCGUCGAUGUCACUGCCACAGACACUCUACAAAAGGACAUACAUUCAAGUGACUCGACAGUGGCCACAUUGGUUUUGUUUAUUUAUUUUAUAUGUCCGGUUCAUGCCCAAGUCCGUUAUUCCAUACCAGAAGAAAUGGUUCCUGGCUCUUUGAUUGGGGACAUAUCAAAGGAUUUGGGACUGAGCAUCGAGAGGAUCAGAUAUGGACAGGCUCGUAUUGUUACAGAGGAUACUAGCGAGCGAGUGCAAUUUCAGCCGGACAAAGGGAUAUUGCUGGUGAGAAAACGUAUUGAUCGAGAAGAGCUUUGUGGUCAGACUUUACCCUGUAGUUUCAGCUUCGAGAUAGUUCUACAAAACCCGAUGGAAUUGUUUAGUAUUACGGUGGAAAUAAUAGAUAUAAACGACAACUCUCCCGCCUUCCCUUCCAAAGAGAUCACACUGGAUAUCAGUGAAUCUGCGGCGCUUGGCGCCCAGUUCGUCCUGGGUGGUGCGGUGGAUCCUGACGUAGGUGUUAAUACGCUCCAGAGCUACAGCUUGAAACCCAGUACUCAUUUUAGCCUAAAAGAACAAAUCCAUGCUGAUGGUAGUAAAUAUGCAGAGAUGAUAUUACAACGUCCACUGGACAGAGAACAACAGGCAGAGAUGCUGCUUACACUCACUGCAGCUGAUGGCGGCAGUCCUCAACGCACGGGUACAGUAAGCAUUCGUAUCAUUGUCCAAGAUGCUAAUGAUAAUGCUCCUAUUUUCACACAAGCUGUUUACAAAGCCUCAGUGGUAGAAAACGCACCAAAAGGGACGCUGAUUACAACAGUCCUAGCCAAUGAUGAAGACGAGGGUUCAUUUGGAUACAUAACCUAUCACUUUGAUCAGAUAUCACACAUUAAUGUAUUCUCACUGAACCAGGACAACGGAGAAAUCCGAGUUUUAGGAGACCUAGACUAUGAGAAAACAAAGCAAUACCAUAUCGGUGUAAUCGCAAAAGAUAAAGGCUCUCUGUCGAAUUCAUGUAAAGUCAUAAUUGAAGUCAUUGACAUGAAUGACAAUGCCCCGAUGAUAGGACUGACCUCUUUUUCCAACAACAUACCAGAGAGCUCUCCUCUUGGAACUACGGUUGCUAUUGUACAUGUGAAAGAUUCUGAUUCCGGAAAAAAUGGCCAGAUUAACUGCAGCAUUGACCCAUCUCUUCCAUUUAAAAUUAGAUCUUCGUUGGCUAAUUAUUAUACAUUGGAGACUGAUGGUAUAUUAGACCGUGAAAUAGUCUCUGAAUACAACAUAACUGUUGUGGCGGCUGAUCAAGGUGUCCCUUCAUUACGUAAAAACAAGACCCUAACCAUCAAAAUUGCUGACGUCAAUGACAAUGAGCCACUAUUCGACAAAAGCAUUUAUUUUGCAGCUGUAGGAGAAAAUAAUGCUCCCGGCCUUUCUGUUACCUCUGUUCAUGCCAGUGACGCAGACUCAGAUCAAAACGCCAGGAUAUCGUACUUCCUUGAAGAUACACAGAUAAGCGGAGAACGGCUCUCUUCGCUUUUAUCUGUUAAUUCGGAAACGGGAGUUGUAUACGCUAUGCGCUCUUUUGAUUACGAAAAAAUCAAAUGUCUUCAGUUUAGCGUCAAAGCUCUGGAUGGCGGCACCCCAUCUCUAAGCGCGAGCGCCACACUUAGGGUUCAAAUUCUAGACCAGAAUGACAAUACGCCUCAGGUUCUUUACCCAGUACAGACUGGUAGUUCUCUGGUGGCUGAAAUUGUACCUCGCUCAGCAGAUGUUGGGUACCUUGUGACUAAAGUGGUGGCUGUUGAUGUGGACUCUGGUCAGAAUGCGUGGCUUUCAUAUAAAUUGCUCAAAGCUGCAGACAGGGCGCUGUUUGAAGUGGGUUUACAGAAUGGAGAAUUAAGGACUGUACGUCAAGUCACUGAUAAAGAUGCUGUGAAACAAAGACUCACUGUUGUAGUGAUGGACAAUGGCCAACCCUCUCGCUCAGCUACAGUCAAUGUUAACGUGGUCGUGGCAGAUAGCUUCCCUGAAAUUCUCUCAGAGUUCAAUGAAUUUACGCGUGACAAGGAUUUCAACGACGACUUGACAUUUUAUUUAGUCUUGGCCUUGGCUGUGAUUUCAUUACUCUUCAUAUCUUGCAUAGUGGUUAUUAUAUCAGUUAAAAUCUACAGAUGGAGACAGUCUCGAAUGUACUACCAGUCCAGUCUUCCGAUAAUUCCAUACUAUCCACCGCGUUACGCAGACACUGGAGGUUCAGGAACUCUACAGCAUAUGUAUAAUUACGAGGUGUGCGGAACAAUUGAUUCCAAGAUGGGUGAUAUGAAAUCAUUGAAACCCAUGAGUAAAAGUCUCGUGAGCGUCGAUGCAGUUGGCAUUACAACUUUACUGCACGCGCAAAAGGAGGCCACCCCAACUGAAAGAGACUCAACACUGGUGAGUUAA